UUACGGGCGGAGGGGCGGGGACUAAGGCCCGGAGAGGCGGGAGGCCUUGUCAGCAGAAGCAGACCUUCACGUCCCGAAUGGGGACUCCGAGAAGCCCCCGGCAGCUCCCCGCCGCGCUCCGGGCCAGUGGCAGUCGGAGCUGGGCGCUGGGAGCCUGGGGAGGGGCAGCCCAGAGCAUGUUCCAGAUCCCAGAGUUUGAGCCAAGUGAGCAGGAAGACUCCAGCUCAGCAGACAGGGGCCUGGGCCCCAGCCUCUGCCCGGCCCCAGGCCUCCUGGGGGACCACAGCCCCCAGCAGGGACUGCCAACCAGCCGCAGCCACCAUGGAGGUGCUGGGGCUGUGGAGACCAGGAGUCGCCAUAGUUCAUACCCUGCGGGGAUGGAGGAGGAUGAAGGGCUGGAAGAGGAGCCUAGCCCCUUUCGGGGUCGCUCACGCUCGGCUCCCCCAAAUCUCUGGGCUGCCAGGCGCUAUGGCCGCGAGCUCCGGAGGAUGAGUGACGAGUUUGACGGCUCCUUUAAGGGACUUCCUCGCCCCAAAAGCGCGGGCACCGCCACGCAGAUGAGGCAGAGUUCCAGCUGGACGCGCAUCUUCCAGUCUUGGUGGGACCGGAACUUGGGCCGAGGCUCCGCCCCUUCUCAGUGACCUUUUGUCCCCUUCCCGGAGCUCCACCAUCUCCUGACGGCUGCCAUCUUGGGUAUGGGCGGAAGUCACUUCCGAAGGCCUUGUGCUAAAAGACGGGUUCUGACCUAGAGCUGGAUUCCCUUCCGGUGUGAUCGAGAGCCACGCAGGGGUGGCUCCCAUCGGAAGUUUGGAAGUUUUUAACGUCCACGGGCACCGGAAGCGGUCGCUGGUCCCGCCCUCCCGUGCGGGCACCGCGAGCGUCUCUGCCAAGUCUCUAGCUGAGAUUAACCAUUCCUCCGCCGGGCCGCUGUCCCGCGGCGCUGCGGCU